CCGAUCUAAGUUAAGAUCCAUCGCCACCUCCAUUAUCCAUAUCAGUCCACCUCCAACCCAUCGCGGAGCGGAGCGCAGAGACAUUCUGUACGCGGCGGCAGAAAAUGGCGCCUCCUACCAGUGUGCUCCUGCUGCUCCUACUGUUCUUACUUGGUCUGCACUCGGCGGCGGCCGAAAUGCCGAUGCCGGUGAACGAGGAGGUGCUGGGUCUGGUGGUGUUCCGGUCGGCGCUCACCGACCCCUCCGGCGCGCUCUCCACCUGGGCCGAGUCCGACGCCACGCCCUGCGGCUGGGCGCACGUCGAGUGCGACCCGGCCACCUCCCGCGUCCUCCGCCUCGCACUCGACGGUCUUGCCCUCUCCUCCACCUCCGGCCUGCCCCGCGGCCUCGACCGCCUCCCGGCGCUCCAGUCCCUCUCCCUCGCCAACAACAAACUCUCCGGCGCACUCCGCCCGGGCCUCUCCCUCCUCCCAUCGCUCCGCUCCCUCGAUCUCUCCCACAACGCCCUCUCCGGCGCCCUCCCCGACGACCUCCCCAUCCUCCCCUCCCUCCGCUACCUCGAUCUUUCAUCCAACACAUUCUCCGGCAACCUCCCGUCAUCCUUCCCGCCCACGCUCCGUUUCCUCAUGCUCUCCGGCAACCAGCUCUCCGGCGACAUACCAAAUGCGCUGCCCAACAGCCCACUCCUGCUCCACCUCAACAUGUCCAACAACCAGCUCUCCGGCACGCCGGACUUCGCCACCGCGGUCUGGCCGCUCUCGCGCCUCCGCACGCUCGACCUGUCCAGCAACCGCCUCUCUGGCUCCAUCGCAGCCGGCAUCAGCGACCUCCACAACCUCAAGGCACUCGACCUCAGCGGCAACCGCUUCACCGGCAACGUCCCCGAGGACAUCGGCAUGUGCCCGCACCUCAGCGUCCUCGACGUCAGCAACAACGCGUUCGACGGCGAGCUGCCCGCAUCCAUCGCGCGCCUCGCCUCCCUGGUGCGCCUCUCGGCGUCCAGCAACAGGCUCUCGGGCGAGGUACCCUCCUGGCUCGGCGACCUGGCCGCGCUGCAGCGGCUCGACCUCUCCGACAACGUGCUCACCGGCGCCCUCCCUGACUCGCUCGGCGAGCUCAAGGACCUCAGCUACCUCAGCCUGUCGAGGAACCAGCUCGCCGGCAACAUCCCGGCGGCAAUGUCCGGCUGCACCAGGCUCGCCGAGCUGCACCUGAGGGGCAACAGGCUCAGCGGCAGCAUCCCCGACGCGUUGUUCGACGUCGGGCUGGAGACGGUCGACAUGUCCUCGAACGCGCUCACCGGCGUGAUGCCGUCCGGGUCGACCAGGCUUGCGGAGACGCUGCAGUGGCUCGAUCUCUCCGGCAACCAGCUCACCGGUAGCAUCCCGGCUGAGAUGGCGCUCUUCUUCAGCCUCCGGUACCUCAACGUCUCACGCAACGCGCUCCACACGCAGCUGCCGCCGGAGCUCGGGCUGCUUCGCAACUUGACGGUGCUUGACCUCCGCAGCAGUGGCCUCUACGGGCCGGUGCCCAGCGACCUGUGCGAGUCCGGCAGCCUCGCCGUGCUCCAGCUCGACGGCAACUCCCUCGAUGGCACUAUCCCCGACACCAUCGCGAACUGCUCCUCUCUCUACCUACUGAGCUUGGGCCACAACGAUCUGACGGGGCCGAUACCGGCGAGCAUGGCGGAGCUGAAGAAGCUGGAGAUCCUGCGGCUGGAGUACAACCAUCUCACGGGGGAGAUACCGCAGCAGCUGGGCGGGCUGCAGAGCCUCUUGGCGGUGAACAUCUCGCACAACCGUCUCGUCGGGCGGCUGCCGGCGUCGGGCGUGUUCCAGAGCCUGGACGCGAGCGCGCUGGAGGGCAACCUGGGCGUGUGCAGCCCGCUGGUAACUGAGCCGUGCCGGAUGAACGUGCCCAAGCCGCUGGUGCUCGACCCGAACGAGUACACGCACGGCAACAGCAACAACGGCGACGUCGCGGCAAACGGUGGUGGUGGCCACGGCGGCGAGGAUGUGCCGAGGAAACGGCGGUUCCUGAGCGUGUCCGCAAUGGUGGCCAUCUGCGCGGCGCUGUCCAUCGCCCUCGGGGUCUUGGUGAUCACCCUGCUCAACGUGUCGUCGCGGCGGAGGAGGUCGGGUGGUGUCGGCGCCGACGAGUUCCAGGAGAAGGAGCUGGUGGAGCUGGAGAGCAUCGUGUCCGGCAGCAGCAGCUCGACCAAGUCGAGGAAACUGGCCACCGGGAAGAUGGUGACGUUCGGGCCGGGGAGCAGCCUGCGCACGGAGGACUUCGUGGGCGGCGCGGACGCGCUGCUGAGCAAGGCGACGGAGAUCGGCCGCAGCGGCGUGUUCGGCACGACGUACCGCGCGUCGGUCGGCGAGGGCCGGGUCGUGGCCGUGAAGAAGCUGUCGACGGCGAGCGUGGUGGAGUCCCGCGACGUGUUCGACCGCGAGGCUCGCGUGCUGGGCAAGGCGCGGCACCCGAACCUGGUGCCGCUCAAGGGGUACUACUGGACGCCGCAGCUGCAGCUGCUCGUCACCGACUACGCGCCGCACGGCAGCCUCGAGGCGCGGCUCCACGGCAGCGGCGAAUCGAUGCGGCCGCUGACGUGGGAGGAGCGGUUCAGGGUGGUGGCGGGCACGGCGAGCGGGCUGGCGUACCUGCACCAGUCGUUCCGGCCGCCGGUGAUCCACUACAACGUGAAGCCGAGCAACAUCCUGCUGGACUCGCGGUGCAACCCGCUGAUCGCCGACUUCGGGCUGGCGCGGCUGCUCCGGAAGCCGCAGCAGACGGAAGGUGGCGGCGGGAGCAGCCGGUUCAUGCAUGGCGGUGGUGUCGGGUACGCGGCGCCGGAGCUGGCGUGCAGCAGCCUGCGGGUGAACGAGAAGUGCGACGUGUACGGGUUCGGUGUGCUGGUGCUGGAGCUGGUGACUGGGCGGCGAGCGGUGGAGUACGGCGAGGACGACGUGGCGGUGCUGAUCGACCAGGUGCGGGCGGUGCUGGAGCAGGCCGGGGACGGCGGGGUGGAGUGCGUGGACCCGGCGAUGGGCGGCGAGUUCCCGGAGGAGGAGGCGCUGCCGGUGCUGAAGCUGGGGAUGGUGUGCACGUCGCAGGUGCCGUCGAACCGGCCGUCCAUGGCGGAGGUGGUCCAGAUCCUGCAGGUCAUCAAGGCGCCGUUGCUGACGCCGGGCUGCACAAGGGAACGUUUCUGACACGUGAACCGGCGGACGAGCUCACAGCAUACGACCUGGCAGCCAGAGAAUCCAUUGAUUGGCAGCUCGAGGUACCAUAGAUCCGCGAGUAGUACGUGAGGUACGAGCAUUGAUGCGCUGGAGCUUCUUCUUGUCCAUGUCACGUGUGAGCUCAAUAGUUUAAGGUCGAUCCCGGCAGUCACGUACGUACAGUACAUUGUGUGGUUUCCUACUUCUUCUUUUUCUAGCUUUUUGUUUCGCUUUUGGGUGUCAAA